AUGGCAGCGAAGAAGAAAACUCAAGAACCCAAGGAGCAGGAUAAAUCCGAUCCCAUUCCAUUGGAUGGCUUUCUGAAGUAUGCAAAUGUUUUCUAUCUAUCGAUUGGAAUGUUGGCCUACGAUCACAAGGCAAGUGACAAAAGAAAGGAGCUCCUGCUCCACUGGAUGUUCAUUGGGCAGAUGGUGAACCUGAACGCAGUGCUCGUUUCGGAAUUGAUCUACGUAUUCCUGGCGAUCAGCAAGGGAAGCAACUUCCUGGAGGCCACCAUGAAUCUGUCUUUCAUUGGUUUUGUGAUUGUUGGGGAUCUAAAGAUCUGGCACAUUUGGCGUCAGCGAAACAGACUCACCCAAGUGGUUAACGAAUUGGAGAACUUGCAUCCGAAGCGAUUAGAUCAGCAGGAGCCAUAUAAUGUCAAGUAUCACCUAAGUGGCUAUAGCCGUUAUAGUAAGUUUUACUUUGGAAUGCAUUUGGUGCUGAUCUGGACCUACAACCUCUACUGGGCGGUCUACUAUCUGGUCUGUGAUUUCUGGCUGGGAGUACGUAAAUUUGAGAGGAUGCUGCCCUACUACUGUUGGGUGCCCUGGGAUUGGAGUACCGGAUUUAGCUAUUACCUGAUGUAUGUCUCGCAGAAUUUGGCUGGACAGGCGUGUCUCUCGGGUCAGCUGGCAGCGGAUAUGUUGAUGUGCGCCUUGGUCACUCUGGUGGUGAUGCACUUCAUCCGCCUUUCCGGGCACAUCCAGGGGCAUCUGGCGGGGACUCUAUCGCCACAAAGAGACAUGGAGUUCAUUCAAGCGGUGGUGGCCUAUCACCAGAGGUUACUGCACCUCUGUCAGGACAUCAACGAGAUAUUCGGAGUAUCGCUGCUGUGCAACUUCGUGUCCUCAUCUUUCAUCAUCUGCUUCGUGGGAUUCCAGAUGACCAUCGGUGGCAAGAUCGACAACCUGGUGAUGCUAGUCCUGUUUCUCUUCUGCGCCAUGGUUCAGGUCUUCAUGAUUGCCACACACGCCCAACGGCUCAUAGAUGCGAGCGAGCAGAUUGGCCAGGCGGUCUACAACCACGACUGGUUCCAUGCAGAUUUACGCUAUCGGAAGAUGCUAGUUCUGAUCGUUAAGAGGGCCCAACAACCCAGCCGCCUAAAGGCCACAAUAUUCCUCAAUGUCUCACUGGUCACCGUAGCGGAUCUGCUACAACUAUCCUACAAAUUCUUCGCCCUCCUGCGCACAAUGUAUAGCACCUGAAGUGUAUGCCU